AUGAAGGCGAUUCUCUCAUCCGACACCAUGGAUAUUCCCGACGGCGUGAAGAUCAAGGUCAAGGCUAAGAUGAUCGAGGUCGAGGGCCCCAGGGGCAAGCUCACGCGUAACUUCAAGCACCUGAACCUCGAUUUCCAGCUCAUCACCGACGAGGCCACAGGAAAGAAGAAGCUGAAGGUGGACGCCUGGUUUAGCAGCCGGAAAACAACCGCCGCCAUCCGCACGGCGCUCAGCCACGUCACUAACCUGAUCAACGGCGUCACGAAGGGUUACCGUUACAAGAUGCGUUUCGUGUACGCUCACUUUCCGAUCAACGCCUCCAUCGCCGGAGGAGGAAAGUCGAUCGAGAUCCGUAACUUCCUCGGGGAGAAGAAGGUGAGGAAGGUGGAAAUGCUUGAAGGGGUCUCAGUCGUGAGAUCCGAGAAGGUGAAGGAUGAAUUAGUUUUGGAUGGUAACGACAUUGAACUUGUUUCCAGGUCUGCUGCCUUGAUAAAUCAGAAAUGCCAUGUGAAGAAAAAAGAUAUUAGGAAGUUCCUUGAUGGAAUUUACGUCAGUGAGAAAGGAACCAUUGCGGAUGAAGAAUGA